UAAAGUACAGUAUACAGAAUCGAAUGGGUCGUUGUCGUAGCCAAGUGAGAAGCAACAAUAAUAACAGAAGCCUCGAACUCUGAGAAUAGAUCCUAGCUGCAUUUUGAUUUUAACCACGGUAGUUUUCGUUUAGUAAUAGCUCGUCACUUUGAACGAUCGGACAUCUUCCGCGAUUUUUAAAUCUAUACAUUAUUUUUCGCUUUUGCGAAAUAUUUUUAGAUCGAGAAGGCGGGCUUUAAUCGGUUAAAACUGUGUUUGUUAAUUGGAUAUUAUUGGCUGAGAAGGCUGCUGAGAAAUAGAGGAAAUGAUAUUGUUAGAUUUUCAAAGAGGGUAAGAGUAAUGAAGGCAGCCGAUAUACGACGGACCCUUUUUGUGCUGCUGCUUUUCUGUGGCGGGCUAAUGGUAUAUUUUUUGUUCCAACAACCAACUACUCUCAACAUUCCAUCGUUUAACGAACAACAAGCUGCUACACUUCCAAAAACAGAUAAAAAAACGGAUGUACGGUGGACAUGGAAAUGCAUAAAUCACCGUUGCGAAAAAAUACUAAUGUCCGAGUGGUCUUCUGCUAAAUCACAAUCGCUCGCAACGUGCAAUAUGCUUUGCUCGGAAGUACAACUGUGGCCUUUACCAUCGGGACCAAUCAAGACGAGCUCCGAGACGGUUACCUUUUCGUUCCAACAAGUCGAAUUUGAAUCGCACGCCAAAGAUCCAGCCUUAAGUCUAUUGGAACAAUCGUACGGGAUAUUCAAUGAAAACUUGGUCACCAUCCUUCGACAGCCGUACUCCGAGAACGCCGCCGCUAAUGUUAAUAGAUUUCGGGUUAAAGUAAUUGUCAAUCAUUCAGAAAUUGUUAGAUUAAAACUUUCCACGGAUGAAAGUUACAAUUUAACCGUAAAUCAUCAAGGGAAUGAUGUAAUUUGCGCCGUACACGCGAACACUUUUUUUGGGGCUAGACACGGAUUGGAAACUUUAUCUCAAUUAAUUUGGUGGGACGAUGGAAAUUUAAGGAUAAUAUCGAACGUUUAUAUACAAGACGUGCCGAAAUUUUCUUACAGAGGCGUUAUGAUAGACACCGCAAGAAAUUUUAUGUCGCUAACUAGUUUAAAAAGAUCAAUAUCCGCAAUGUCAGCAAAUAAAUUAAAUGUAUUCCAUUGGCACAUAUCGGAUUCUCAAAGUUUUCCGUUAGAGAUUCCGAGCGUACCAGAAAUACAUGAAUACGGAGCUUAUAAUGACGAUUCUUAUUAUUCAGUUCAAGAUGUAAAAGAACUCGUGGAAUACGCGAGAUUAAGAGGAGUUCGGGUUGUUAUUGAAGUUGAUACACCUGCUCACGCGGGAAAUGGGUGGACAUGGGGUCCAAUAAAAGGAUUAGGUGAUUUAGCGGUAUGUGUAAACGCCCAACCUUGGUAUUUAUAUUGUGGAGAACCACCAUGCGGGCAAUUAAAUCCUGAGAAUCCGUACGUUUACGACAUUCUUGAAAAAAUAUACACCGACAUCUUAGAAAUGACUCAGGAAGAUGAAAUCUUCCACAUCGGCGGGGAUGAGGUGAAUUUGGAUUGUUGGGAACAACAUAUGAAUAGGAACAUGAGCGCCGCUAAUUACACAGAUUUACAUAAUUUAUGGGGAGAAUUUACUUUAAAGAUACUAUCAAGAUUACAAAAAGCGAAUGGUGGCAAAAAAAUUCCAUACACGAUAACUUGGUCGAGUAAUUUAAGUAGACGACCAUAUAGCUCGAAAUAUUUAGAUAAACGGGAUAUUGUAGUACAAUCUUGGGGGGCUAGCGAAUGGUAUGAAAAUAAAGAGUUAUUAACAGAUGGAUACAAAUUAAUACUAUCUCAUGUAAACGCUUGGUAUCUCGAUUGCGGAUUUGGUAAAUGGAGGGAACGGGGUGAUGCAGCUUGUGAUCCAUACAGACCAUGGCAAACAGUUUAUUCCCACCAACCCUGGGGUUACGACACAUCAUAUAAAACUCAAACAUUAGGUGCUGAAGUUUGUUUAUGGAGUGAACAAGUGGAUGAAGUCUCGCUAGACACGCGAUUGUGGCCGAGAGCUGCCGCAUUCGCAGAGAGAAUAUGGACGGAUCCAAAACUCGAGGUUGAUUCUUAUGGGAUAUCUGAAAGUGUUUACACAAGAUUGUCAACUCACCGUGAAAGACUGAUUUCCCGAGGGAUAUCCGUCGAGGCUAUGUGGCCUCAGUACUGUACCCAAAAUCCAGGAACGUGCCUUUAAUCGAACUCUCUAAUCGCCUAUAUGUAUAAUAGAACGAGUGAUUUGUAAGAAAAAUUGUGUUGAAGGUAUCUUGUGAUAUUCAUCGGUGACGUUGUUUCUGUUAAUCCAAAAAAAAACCUUGAUAUCUAUCAACUCCACCCAUUAUUACAAAAAUCCAGCCUUUCAAAUCUAAUACGAUCCCCAAUACAAAACGAUAAUCACAAAUGCGCGACUAUUUUUUCAACACCGCGUAGACAUAGUACAAAACGGAAUUGUAUACAGCAAAAAAAUUUAAAGUAACAAUCCAUUCCCGACUACUCUUAACGGAAGUGUCUGUGCCGAUAGUUUAAAUAAUUUAAUAGUUGAUUCUAAAAAAAUAAAUAAAAAAAUGCCCGAAGAGACUGUGAAAAAGGAAAUAUAUUUAAGAUGUAUAGGUUGUUGUACCUUAAUGUUUUUAUUAUUUAUUCAAUGAAAACUGAACAGUUGAGAAAUAUAAGUAAUUGGAAAAUAAAUUAUUGUGUUUUUAAUAAAUCUAUAACAACUAA